GCCGGAUGUGCGCAUCGGAGUGCAGCCGCAGUCGUGGGCGAGGCGCAUAGUGCUGACGCAAGACGCAGGCGGGGUGGUCCUCUCCUCUGCCCGAGACGGCGCUGCGUCACUAGCUUUAGGCGCUCGGCACUGGAAACGGUGACUGUUUGGGCCUCAGCGCUGGCCUGUCGCGCCCUGGGGUCCAGGCUGGCGGCGCGAUGAGGCGCAGCAAGGCGGAGGUGGAACGGUACAUCGCUUCGGUGCAGGGUUUCACCCCGUCGUCCCGAGAGAAAUCAAUGAAAGGAUUCUACUUUGCGAAGCUGUACUAUGAAGCUAAAGAAUAUGAUCUUGCUAAAAAAUACAUAUCUACAUAUAUUAAUGUGCAAGAAAGGGAUCCCAAAGCUCACAGGUUUCUUGGUCUUCUUUAUGAAGUGGAGGAAAACAUAGACAAAGCUGUCGAAUGUUAUAAGCGUUCAGUGGAAUUAAACCCAACACAAAAAGAUCUUGUGUUGAAGAUUGCAGAAUUGCUUUGUAAAAAUGAUGUUACUGAUGGAAGAGCAAAAUACUGGGUUGAAAGAGCAGCUAAACUUUUCCCAGGAAGUCCUGCAAUUUAUAAAUUAAAGGAACAGCUUUUAGAUUGUAAAGGUGAAGAUGGAUGGAAUAAACUUUUUGACUUGAUUCAGUCAGAACUUUAUGCAAGACCUGAUGAUGUCUAUGUGAACAUUCGACUAGUAGAGCUGUAUCGCUCAAAUAAAAGAUUGAAGGAUGCUGUGGCGCACUGCCACGAGGCAGAGAGAAACGUAGCUUUGCGUUCAAGUUUAGAAUGGAAUUUGUGUGUUGUACAAACCCUUAAGGAAUAUCUGGAAUCUUCUGAUAAAAGUAACUGGCAAGCAACCAAUAAAGACUUACUUCUGGCCUAUGCUAAUCUUAUGCUUCUUACGCUCUCCACUAGAGACAUACAAGAAAGCAGAGAUUUAUUGGAAAGUUUUGAUGGUGCUCUUCAGUCUGUGAAAUCUUGUGUGGGUGGAAAUGAUGAACUCUCAGCUGUUUUCUUAGAAAUAAAAGGACAUUUCUACAUGCAUGCUGGUUCUCUGCUUUUGAAGAUGGGUCAGCAUAGUGAUGUGCAGUGGAGAGCUCUCUCUGAGCUGGCUGCAUUGUGCUAUCUCAUAGCAUUUCAGGUUCCAAGACCAAAGAUUAAAUUAAUAAAAGGAGAAGGUGGACAAAAUCUGCUGGAAACCAUGGCUUUUGAUCGUCUGAGCCAAUCAGGGCACAUGCUGCUAAACUUAAGUCGUGACAAGCAAGAUUUUUUAAAAGAAGUUGUAGAAUCCUUUGCCAAUAAAAGUGGUCAGUCUGCAUUGUAUGAUGCUCUGUUUUCUGGUCAGUCACCUAAGGAUAGCUCUUUCCUUGGUAGUGAUGAUAUUGGAAACAUUGAUGUGCAAGCACCGAAAAUUGACGAUUUGGCUAGAUAUGAUGUUGGUGCCAUCCGAGCACAUAAUGGCAGCCUUCAGCACCUUACCUGGCUUGGUUUACAGUGGAAUUUGUUGCCUACCUUACCUGCAAUUCGAAAAUGGCUGAAACAGCUUUUUCAUCAUUUGCCUCAGGAAACCUCAAGACUUGAAACAAAUGCACCUGAGUCAAUAUGUAUUUUAGAUCUUGAAGUAUUUCUACUUGGGGUAAUAUAUAACAGCCAGUUACAAUUAAAGGAAAAAUGUAGUUCUCAUUACAACUUCUAUCAGCCACUAUGCUUGCCAUUUCCUGUGUGUAAACAACUUUAUACAGAGAGACAAAAAUCUUGGUGGGAUGCAGUUUGUAAUCUAAUUCACAGAAAAGCAAUCCCUGGAACCUCAGCAAAGUUGCGACUUCUAGUUCAGCGCGAUAUAAAUGCUCUAAGGGGCCAGGAAAAACAUGGCCUUCAACCUGCUCUCCUUAUACAUUGGGCCACAUACCUUCAGAAAACGGGCAGCGAUCUUAAUUCUUUUUAUGAUCAGCGGGAAUACAUAGGCAGAAGUGUUCAUUAUUGGAAGAAGGUUUUGCCAUUAUUGAAGAUGAUCAAAAAGAAGAUUAGUAUUCCUGAACCUACUGACCCUCUGUUUAAACACUUUCAUAGUGCAGACAUCCAGGCAUCUGAAAUUGGUGAAUAUGAAGAAGAAGCACACAUAACAUUUGCUAUAUUGGAUGCAGUUAAUGGAAAUAUAGAAGAUGCUAUGACUGCUUUUGAAUCUAUAAAAAAUGUUGUUUCUUAUUGGAAUCUUGCAUUGAUUUUUCACAGAAAAGCAGAAGACAUUGAAAAUGAGGCCCAUUCUCCUGAAGAACAAGAAGAAUGCAAAAAUUAUCUGAGAAAGACCCGGGACUACCUAAUGAAGAUUUUAGAUGACAGUGAUUCAAAUCUUUCAGUAGUUAAGAAAUUGCCUGUGCCCCUGGAGUCUGUAAAAGAUAUGCUUAAUUCAGUCAAGCAGCAACUCGAUGACUAUAGUGAAGGAGGUCCUCUUUAUAAAAAUGGUUCUUUGCGUAAUACAGAUUCGGAAAUGAAAUAUUCCACACCAUCUCCUACCAAAUAUUCUCUGUCACCAAGUAAAAGUUACAAGUAUUCUCCCAAAGCACCACCUCAGUGGGCAGAAGAUCAAAAUUCUUUACUGAAAAUGAUCUGCCAAGAAGUAGAGGCCAUUAAGAAAGAAAUGCAGGAAUUGAAACUAAAUAGCAGUAACUUGGGGUCCCCUCAUCGUUGGCCUACAGAAGGUUAUGGACCAGAUUCAGUGCCUGAUGGAUAUCAGGGAUCACAGACUUUUCAUGGGGCUCCAUUAACAGUUGCAACUACUGGCACUUCAGUAUAUUAUAGUCAGUCACCAGCAUAUAAUUCCCAGUAUCUUCUCAGACCAGCAGCUAAUGUUACUCCCACAAAGGGUCCAGUUUAUGGCAUGAAUAGGCUUCCACCUCAGCAGCAUAUUUAUGCCUAUUCACAACAGAUGCACACACCACCUGUGCAAAGCACAUCUGCUUGUAUGUUCUCUCAAGAGAUGUAUGGUCCUCCACUGCGUUUUGAGUCUCCUGCCACAGGAAUUUUGUCACCUAGGGGUGAUGAUUAUUUUAAUUACAAUAUUCAACAGACAAGCACAAACCCACCUUUGCCAGAACCAGGUUAUUUCACAAAACCUCCAGUUGCAGCUCAUGCUUCAAGAUCUGCAGAAUCAAAGGUUAUAGAAUUUGGUAAAACUAAUUUUGUUCAGCCCAUGCCAGGUGAAGGAAUAAGGCCGUCUUUGACAGCACCUGCACAUACAACACAGCCACCUUUUAAAUUUAACUCCAACUUCAAAUCAAAUGAUGGUGAUUUCACGUUUUCCUCACCACAGGUUGUGACACAGCCCCCUUCUAUGACUUACAAUAAUAGCGAAAGCCUUUUAGGUCUUUUGACUUCGGAAAAACCUUUGCAAGGAGAUGGUUACAGUGGAGCAAAAGCUAGUCAAACUAUUGGAUCUCGAAAUACGUUCAAUUUUGGAAGUAAAAAUGUACCUGGAAUUUCAUUCACUGAAAACAUAGGCCCAAAUCAAAAGAACUCUGGUUUUUGUCGAAGUGAUGAUAUAUUUACUUUGCAUGGUCCAGGGAAAUCAGUGUUUGGAACACCUGCCCCAGAGGUGGCCAACAAGAAUCAUGAAGCAGAUGGAGGGAGUGCCCAUGGUGAUGACGAUGAUGAUGGCCCUCACUUUGAGCCUGUGGUUCCUCUUCCUGAUAAGAUUGAAGUAAAGACUGGUGAGGAAGAUGAAGAAGAAUUCUUUUGCAAUCGUGCAAAAUUGUUCCGUUUUGAUGCAGAAUCCAAAGAAUGGAAGGAACGUGGAAUUGGCAAUGUAAAGAUACUAAGACAUAAAACAUCUGGUAAAAUUCGCCUUCUAAUGAGACGAGAGCAAGUAUUGAAAAUAUGUGCAAAUCAUUACAUCAGUCCAGAUAUGAAAUUGACACCAAAUGCUGGAUCAGACAGAUCUUUUGUAUGGCAUGCUCUUGAUUAUGCAGAUGAGUUCCCCAAACCAGAACAACUUGCUAUUAGAUUCAAAACUCCUGAGGAAGCAGCACUUUUUAAGUGUAAGUUUGAAGAGGCCCAGAAUAUUUUAAAAACCUCAGGAGCAAAGGUAACCACAACAAAUAAGGCUAUGAGAAUCGUAAAAGAACCUGCAAGUCAUGGUAAUAAGGAUAUUUGCAAAUCAGAUGUGAGAAACGUGAAUUUUGAAUUUCAGGUAGCAAAGAAGGAAGGGUCUUGGUGGCAUUGUAACAGCUGUUCAUUAAAAAAUGCUGCAACUGCUAAGAAAUGUGUUUCAUGCCAGAAUCUAAACCCAAGCAAUAAAGAGCUCCUUGGCCCAGCAUUAGUUGAAACUAUUCCCACUCUUAAAACUAGCCCAGAAAAUACUCCAGAUAGGUUUGCGUUGAUGAUUCCAAAGAAUGAAGGUCACUGGGAUUGUAGUAUUUGUUUAGUGAGAAACGAACCUACCGUAUCUAGAUGCAUUGCAUGCCAGAAUACAAAGUCUGCUAACAAAGGUGGCUCUUUAUUUGUUCAGCAACCUUCCUUUAAAUUUGGCCAGGGAGAUCUUCCUAAGUCUGUUGACAAUGAUUUCAGAUCUGUUUUUUCUGUAAAGGAAGGACAGUGGGAUUGCAGUGUGUGUUUGGUACAAAAUGAAGGAAGCUCUUCAAGAUGUAUUGCCUGUGAUAAUUCAAGAAAACAGAAUUUACCUACUGUUUCAGCCCCUGCUUCUUGUAAGUUUGGUGCUUCAGAGAUAAAUAAAACUCCUAAGAGUGGAUUUGAGGACAUGUUUGCUAAAAAGGAUGGACAGUGGGAUUGCAGUGUAUGCUUGGUACGAAAUGAAGCAAAUGCUGCAAAGUGUGCUGCCUGUCAUAAUCCCGGUAAACCAAGUGUGUCUUCAGCUGUUCCAGUACCUGCCUCUUUUAAGUUUAGUACUUCAGAGACAAGCAAGGCCACCAAGAGUGGAUUUGAAGGAAUGUUCACCAAGAAGGAAGGUCAGUGGGAUUGUAGUGUUUGCUUUGUGCGAAAUGAAGCAAGUACUACCAAAUGUGCUGCUUGUCAGAAUCCAAGUGCACAAAAUCAGCCUACUCCUGCUGUUUCAGCAUCUGCCUCUUCAGAGACAUGCAAGGCCACAAAGAGUGGAUUUGAAGGAAUGUUCACCAAGAAGGAAGGACAGUGGGAUUGUAGUGUUUGCUUUGUGCAAAAUGAGAGUUCGUCCUUAAAAUGUGUGGCUUGUGAUGCCUCUAAACCAACUCAUAAACCUAACCCGGAAGCGUCUUCAGCUUUCACAUUGGGCUCAAAAGCUAAGUUAAGUGACUCUUCUGGAAAUCAGGUGGGAACAGGAUUUAAAAGUAACUUUUCAGAAAAAGCUUUUAAAUUUGGCAUCACAGAACAAGGAUUUAAAUUUGGGCAUAUGGAUCAAGAAAAUACACCUUCAUUUACAUUUCAGAGUUCUAAUACAGACUCUAAUUCAACAAUAGAAGGAUUUAAUUUUUCUGUUCCUGUGCUUGCUGAUGGAUUUAAAUUUGGCAUUCAGGAACUGGGAAAUCAAGAGAAGAAGAGUGAAAAACCACUUGAAAAUGACAAUGAUUUUCAGGCUCAGGGUGUUAGCAGUCAGAAGAAUGAUACUGGUGUGGUAUUUGGUCAAACUGGAAGCACUUUUACCUUUGCAGAUCUUGCAAAAUCAACUUCAGGAGAAGGAUUUCAAUUUGGCAAAAAAGACCCUAAUUUCAAGGGAUUUUCAGGUGCUGGAGAAAAAUUAUUCUCAUUACAAAGUGGUAAAAAGGCUGAUAAAGCUGACACUUCUACUGACAUUGAGAAAGAUGAUGAUGCCUAUAAGACUGAGGACAGUGAUGACAUCCAUUUUGAACCAGUAGUACAAAUGCCCGAAAAAGUAGAACUUGUAACAGGAGAAGAAGAUGAAAAAGUUCUUUAUUCACAGCGGGUAAAGUUAUUUAGAUUUGAUGCUGAGAUAAGUCAGUGGAAAGAAAGGGGCUUGGGGAACUUAAAAAUUCUCAAAAAUGAGGUCAAUGGCAAACUAAGAAUGUUAAUGCGAAGAGAGCAAGUGCUAAAAGUGUGUGCUAAUCAUUGGAUAACGACUACAAUGAACCUGAAGCCUUUAUCUGGAUCAGAUAGAGCAUGGAUGUGGUUAGCUAGUGAUUUUUCUGAUGGUGAUGCCAAACUAGAGCAGCUGGCAGCAAAAUUUAAAACACCAGAGCUUGCUGAAGAAUUCAAGCAGAAAUUUGAGGAAUGCCAGCGACUUCUAUUAGAUAUACCACUUCAAACUCCCCAUAAGUUGGUGGAUACUGGGAGAGCUGCCAAAUUAAUACAGAGAGCUGAAGAAAUGAAGAGUGGACUAAAAGAUUUCAAAACAGUUUUGACAAAUGAUCAAACAAAAGUCACUGAGGAAGAAAGUAAGAAUUCAGAUGCAGGUGCUGUCAGUGUUUCAGACAUAACCACAAAGCCAAAUCCUGAAAACACUGGACCCACAGUAGAGUGGAGUAACUAUGAUUUAAGGGAAGAUGCUUUGGAUGAUAGUGUAAGUAGUAGCUCAGUACAUGCUUCUCCACUGGCAAGUAGCCCUGUGAGAAAAAAUCUCUUCCGUUUUGGUGAGUCAACAACAGGAUUUAACUUUAGUUUUAAAUCUGCUUUGAGUCCAUCUAAGUCUCCUGCCUUGUUGAAUCAAAGUGGGACCACAGUUGGCAAUGAUGAAGAAUCUGAUGUUACUCAAGAAGAGGAGAGAGAUGGACAGUACUUUGAACCUGUUGUACCUUUGCCUGAUCUAGUUGAAGUAUCUAGUGGUGAGGAAAAUGAACAAGUUGUUUUUAGUCACAGAGCAAAACUCUAUAGAUAUGAUAAAGAUGUUGGUCAGUGGAAAGAAAGAGGCAUUGGUGAUAUAAAGAUUUUACAGAAUUAUGAUAAUAAGCAAGUUCGCAUAGUGAUGAGAAGGGACCAAGUGUUAAAACUUUGUGCCAAUCACAGAAUAACUCCAGAUAUGACUUUGCAAAAUAUGAAAGGGACAGAAAGAGUGUGGGUGUGGACUGCAUGUGAUUUUGCAGAUGGAGAACGAAAAGUAGAACAUUUAGCUGUCCGAUUUAAACUACAGGAUGUUGCAGACUCAUUUAAGAAAAUAUUUGAUGAAGCAAAAAUAGCCCAAGAAAAAGAUUCUUUGAUAACACCUCAUGUUUCUUUUUCGACAACUCCAAGAGAGUCACCAUGUGGCAGAAUUGCUGUAGCUGUAUUAGAAGAAACCACAAAAGAGAGGACAGAUUUACUUCAGGGCGACGAUAUAGCAGAUGCAACCUCAGAAGUUGGAGAUGUGUCUAGCACAUCUGAAAUAGCAACUAAAGCAGUAGUUUCUCCUCCAAAGUUUGUAUUUGGUUCAGAAUCUGUUAAAAGCAUUUUUGGUAGUGAAAAAUCAAAACCAUUUACAUUUGGCAACAGUUCAGCUACUGGGUCUUUGUUUGGAUUUAGUUUUAAUGCACCUUUAAAAACCAGUGAAACUAGUUCAGGAGUUCAGAGUGGAUCUGAAAGAGAAGUGGAACCUAAUAAUUGUGAAGAAUCAAAGAACUCUGAUAUUAAGCAGUCUCCAGAUGGCAAAGUACAAAAUCUCUUUGCUGCUUUUCCAAAGGAAGAGUUCUCAACUAAUUACACAUUUAAGACACCAGAAAAGGCAAAAGAGAAGAUAAAGCCUGAAGACCCUCCCUCAGAUGAGGAUGUUCUUAUUGUAUAUGAGCUAACCCCAACUCCGGAGCACAGAGCUCUUGCAAGCAAACUUAAACUUCCUCCAACUUUCUUCUGCUAUAAGAAUAGACCAGAUUAUGUUAGCGAAGAAGAAGAGGAUGAUGAAGAUUUUGAAACAGCUGUCAAGAAACUUAAUGGAAAACUAUAUCUGGAUGACUCAGAAAAAUAUAAACCAUUAGAAAAAAGUGUAACAGAAAAUGAGAAAGAAUGCAUUAUUGUUUGGGAAAAGAAACCAACAGUUGAAGAGAAGGCAAAAGCAGAUACAUUAAAACUUCCACCUACAUUUUUUUGUGGAGUCGGCAGUGAUACCGAUGAGGACAAUGGAAAUGGGGAAGACUUUCAGUCAGAGCUUCAAAAAGUUCAGGAAGCCCAAAAAUCCCACAAUGAGGAAAUAACUAGCAUGGCUGACAGUGUGUGUACAGGUGGAACUAAAGUGACUGUACCAUUUUUAUGCAAAUCUGAAGAACCUGAUUUUAUAACCAAAUCUAUUUGCUCAUCAUCUACUUUUUCUGGAACUGUGGACAAACCUGUGGAUUUGUCUACUAGAAAGGACAAUGAUGCAGAUUCUACAAGCCAAGUGGAAAGCAAAACGAUUUCAUUUGGAUUUGGAAACAACACAGGACUGUCAUUUGCAGACUUGGCUUCCAGUAAUUCUGGGGAUUUUGCUUUUGGUUCCAAAGAUAAAAAUUUCCAGUGGGCAAAUACUGGAGCAACUGUGUUUGGAACACAGUCAACCAAUAAAGUUGGUGAAGAAGAAGACGGUAGUGAUGAAGAAGUAGUUUAUAAUGAAGAUAUCCACUUUGAACCAAUAGUGUCAUUACCAGAGGUAGAAGUAAAAUCUGGAGAAGAAGAUGAGGAAAUUUUAUUUAAAGAGAGAGCCAAACUUUAUAGAUGGGAUCGAGAUGUCAAUCAGUGGAAGGAGCGUGGUGUUGGAGAUAUUAAAAUUCUUUGGCAUACACUGAAGAAUUAUUAUCGGAUCCUAAUGAGAAGAGACCAAGUCUUUAAAGUGUGUGCAAAUCAUGUUAUUACCAAAACAAUGGAAUUAAAACCCUUAAAUGUUUCGAACAAUGCUUUAGUUUGGACUGCCUCGGAUUAUGCUGAUGGAGAAGCCAAAGUGGAACAGCUUGCAGUGAGAUUUAAAACUAAAGAAAUGGCUGAUUGUUUUAAGAGAAAAUUUGAAGAAUGUCAACAAAAUUUAUUAAAACUCCAGAAAGGACAGGUAUCACUGACAGCAGAAUUAUCAAAGGAGACAAAUCCUGUGGUGUUUUUUGAUGUUUGUGCAGAUGAUGAACCUCUAGGACGUAUAACCAUGGAAUUAUUUUCAAACAUUGUUCCUCAAACUGCUGAGAACUUCAGAGCACUAUGUACUGGAGAGAAGGGUUUUGGUUUCAAGAACUCCAUUUUUCACAGAGUAAUUCCAGAUUUCGUUUGCCAAGGUGGAGAUAUCACCAAACAUGAUGGAACAGGAGGACGGUCCAUUUAUGGUGAUAAAUUUGAAGAUGAAAAUUUUAACGUGAAACAUACUGGUCCUGGCUUCCUAUCAAUGGCUAAUCGAGGCCGCGAUACCAAUAAUUCUCAAUUUUUUAUAACAUUGAAAAAAGCAGAGCAUUUGGACUUUAAGCAUGUAGUAUUUGGGUUUGUUAAGGAUGGCAUGGAUACUGUGAAAAAGAUUGAAUCAUUUGGUUCUCCUAAAGGGUCUGUUAGUCGAAGAAUUAGUAUCAAAGAAUGUGGACAGAUAUAAAGUCAUUGUUUUUUUUAUAGUAAACUUUACCUGUAUAAACAGUUGAUUUGAAGCUUAGCUGUUAUGACAAUAUAGUAAUUAUGUUCAGCUUUUGAAAAUGGACAUUUCUAAUGUAUAAAUGUAAAAUUGCAGCGUAUAGCUAUUGUCACUUUUUAAUGUGUUACAAUUGACCUUGCAUGGUGUGAAAUAAAAAUUUAAACACUG